CAUAUCCUCCUCCUCCUCCUCCUCCUCCUCCUCUGCGACUUCGCCUGUGCCAACUCCGUGUAUCUAGAAAGCCAUACUAACUUCCCACCAUCGCUUCCACACCCGGUUGGGCCCAUCUGCCCUGCGAUCAUUCAUUCCUCUUGCGCAACUCGCGAGAGACACUGCUGCAACCUCGACACAUUCAUACCCAACUACUUUCACAAUGGCGCUGAAGCGUAUCAACAAGGAACUCACAGACCUGGGCCGUGACCCUCCCUCUUCCUGCUCUGCAGGCCCCGUCGGUGAAGAUCUGUUCCACUGGCAAGCAACUAUCAUGGGACCUGGCGACUCUCCUUACUCGGGCGGUGUCUUCUUUUUAGCCAUUCACUUCCCCACAGACUACCCUUUCAAGCCUCCCAAGGUCAACUUCACGACACGUAUCUAUCACCCCAACAUCAACUCCAACGGUAGCAUCUGUUUAGAUAUUCUUCGAGACCAAUGGAGUCCUGCCUUGACUAUCUCCAAGGUUCUACUAUCCAUUUGCUCCAUGUUGACGGACCCCAAUCCCGAUGAUCCUCUGGUUCCCGAGAUUGCACAUGUUUACAAAACUGAUCGAUCCCGAUACGAGGCCACGGCCCGCGAAUGGACGCGAAAGUAUGCUAUCUAACACUAGCGUGAUGCUGUCUUUCCCUCUGCAGGCGUGAUAGGUUUGUUCGGACAACGGGUGCAUCU